AUGUCUGUACCAAAUACUGAACAAACUGCCAUUCUUCAGAAGUAUCUUGACCUUCCCCAAAGAGGUAAGGUGUUGGCUGAAUACAUCUGGAUUGACGCUGAUGGUGGAAUGAGAUCUAAAACUAAGACUUUGGACAAAAAACCAUCGUCGGUUGAGGAUCUUCCAGAAUGGAAUUUUGAUGGUUCGUCGACUGGACAAGCUCCAGGUCACGAUUCCGACGUCUACUUGAGACCUGUCAAGUUUUACCCCUGUCCAUUCAGAAGAGGUGACAACUUGAUUGUGUUGGCUGAAUGUUGGAACAAUGACGGUACUCCCAACAAAUUUAACCACAGACAUGAAUGUGCCAAGUUAAUGAAGGCACAUGAAGAAGAGUCUGUUUGGUUUGGUUUGGAACAAGAAUACACCUUGUUUGACCAAUAUGACCAGGUUUACGCUUGGCCAAAGGGUGGUUUCCCAGCUCCUCAAGGUCCUUACUACUGUGGUGUUGGUACCGGAAAGGUGUACGCUCGUGAUUUGAUCGAGGCUCACUACAGAGCUUGUUUGUACGCUGGUAUCAACAUCUCCGGUAUCAACGCCGAGGUGAUGCCUUCGCAAUGGGAAUUCCAAGUUGGUCCAUGCCAAGGAAUUGACAUGGGUGAUGAGUUGUGGCUUGCUCGUUAUCUCUUGAUGAAGGUUGGUGAAGAAUUUGGUGUCAAGGUGUCGUUGCACCCUAAACCAUUGAAGGGAGAUUGGAAUGGUGCUGGAUGCCACACCAAUGUUUCCACCAAGGUCAUGAGACAAGAGGGUGGAAUGAAGUACAUCGAAGAUGCCAUCUCCAAGUUGGCUAAGAGACACAAGGAACACAUGUUGUUGUAUGGUGCCGAUAACGAACAGAGAUUGACUGGUCGUCAUGAAACCGCAUCCAUCGAGUCUUUCUCAUCUGGUGUUGCCAACAGAGGUGCUUCCGUGAGAAUCCCAAGAUCUGUCGCCAAGGAGGGUUACGGAUACUUUGAGGACAGAAGACCUGCUUCCAACAUAGAUCCUUACUUGGUGACUGGAAUUAUGGUUGAAACCAUUUGUGGAUCUAUUCCUGAUGCCGACAUGGCCAAGGAAUAUGCCAGAGAAUCGUCUGACUAA